AUGACGAGAGCGAGUCAUGCAAGCCGUUUGCUGCGCUCUACCAGAGCUGCUGCGACGAGUUCGCAACCGCGGCGAGCGUCGGGCAGCGCCAGCGCGAGGCACCUUUCAUCGACUUACGAGCACUCAGGCAUAAUGGACACGUUCUCGCGCGCUCCCUUGGUAAAGGAGCCCGUCGGGCGCCUGAAGGGGAUGUUUUGUGCGCAUCAGGGCCAUCUUGCGGCGAAUGGAAACGAAAGGCUGAGGUUCCUGUCUCUUCUGAAGCAUCACGAUCCGGCGGGCUUCUGUUCGUUCGUCGAUGCGAUCAGUGGACCUGCGGCAUCGCAGGGAGUCGAGCACUCGUGUCGCAUCCCACCAGCACGUCGUGUGCGGGCAGACUCGAGUUGUGCACAUCUCGAGGUGUCGAUGUCGCUGCAUUCCGGCAGGCAACAGCACCGAUACGGCGAUAUGCGUCACGCUGGCCCACUCGGCGGCAUGCCCGGUGCUGUCCAGCAGCACGUGUCUCGCGCGCGCGUACACGUGCAAGAUCUGGUCCAGCAAGGGCUCCUGUCGAACGAGGGCGUCGCGCACUUCACCGCCGAGCUUGGCGAGCGUCACGAUGCCCAGACAGGCUCGUUCGUGCUCCAGUCGCGUGUCGAUGUUGGCACACAGUCCAGCAUGUGCGUCGUUGCGAAGCAGCUGCAGAAGUUGUUGAUCACAUCUCAGAGACGAUUUCCACUGCAAUCGUCGACGCCCAUGGAGUCCGUCUCGGAAAGGGAAAGUGCCCUUCCGAGCGUAUCUGACCCACCCCCCGCGGUUCUCGAACUCUUGACACUCGUGGGAGACGCGUAUGAUACUCGUUACGCCCAGAGCGCUCUGGGCGCUGACAAGUUGGGGCUCUUGCACAGGAAGCACGGCAUGCGUGCCCCAGCGCGGAAGAUUGCACACAUCAAGCAGCUCCAACAAUCUGCCCGUGCUCAAGUUCACGAGCAAGGGGGUGCGACGAUUAUCGACAGCGCCGAAACAAUGCGGGGCUGGUCCAGGGAAGAACGCAAACUGGCCUCGCUGUACUGCGAACUGCUUCAUCGACUGCGCGUGUCACAAGCGCUACCGGAGUCGCGGAAACGCCCGUUAUCCUCAGCCAAUGCCUGCUUCAUCAUGGUCAACGACUCCCGUCUGAGCGGCGAGGACAACGCUAGUCUGGCUCUUCUUGAAGAGUCGCCUUCCGGCUGGAGUGAACUUCAAGCUGACGUCAGGGAGGCGCUUCACGGUUGCAAGACUGAGCAGGACCUCGAGGAGGUGGUCGCAAAAACGCGCCAACAGGUCCUUCAGACGUGCAAACAGCAGUGGGAGCGUCGAAGCAGCAGAAGAGCGCGAGCAGUUGCGUUCGAAAGGGUCGUUGAGAUCGGUGCGCGUGCUCUGAAGGGCAAUGAGGCGGCUGCCGUUGCGGUCGAGCGUCGUUCAAGGAGAUCGGUAUGGCCGGAUGAAGCCCGCCAGGCCUGGCCCAUGCCCCCACCACAUGUGCGCCGGCAGUGGUAG